AUGGAAACUGACCAUAUGCUGUCUGCUUUUAACCUGCUAGAAAAGCGUGACACAUUUUCAAAGUCACUAAGUGGAGGAAUGAAGCGCAAACUCUCCAUCAUUAUAUCACUUUUAGGGGGCUCCAAGGUAGUGAUACUUGAUGAACCAUCAUCUGGCAUGGACCCAGUCUCAAGGAGAAUCACCUGGGAUGUCCUUCAGCAAUUUAAACACAAUCGUACCAUCCUACUGACCACCCACUACAUGGAUGAAGCUGACCUCCUGGGUGACCGAAUUGCCAUCAUGGUCAAGGGGACCCUACAGUGCUGUGGCUCUUCAAUCUUCCUGAAAAAAACAUAUGGUGCUGGAUAUCACAUAGUCAUGGAGAGGGAACCACAUUGUGAUACUGAAAAGAUUUCUGCAAUUAUUCAGUCUCAUGUUCCAGAUGCCAUUUUGGAGAGCUAUGUUGGAACUGAAUUAUCAUUUAUCCUACCCAAAGAGCAUACACACAGAUUUUUCCCAUACUCUGAUGAUCUGGAAAAGAAACAAAAAGAGCUGGGCAUUGCCAACUUUGGUGCUUCAAUCACUACCAUGGAAGAAGUCUUCCUUAAGGUCAAUAAGCUGGCAGAUUCCCAAAUGGACAUUCAGCCUAUCCGGUCCCCUCUUUUGAAGGGCCAAAGAAGACAAGACCAGAACAAGAGAGUGUCCAGAAAUUACGAGAGACCAGUUUUUCCCAGACUGAAUGAGAUUGCUAACAUUAAAUUUAACACUGGGUUUCCACUUUAUCGCCAGCAGUUUCAUUCCAUGUUUAUAAAGAGAGCACUGUUCAAUUGGCGUAAUUGGAAGUUGACAUUGCUACAGAUAUCAGUAAUCUUGCUUGUCACUAUUUAUCUCUUAACAACUCUAACCUUACGUUAUGAUAUGCCUGCCAGAGAAAUGGACUUGAGUCAAUAUGGUCAAACAAUUGUGCCUUACUCAAUUUCUGGGAAUUCUGACUUGGCUCUGAAUCUCAUAAAGAACCUUAAGAUUUUUCUAAAGCUUAGGAAUCAAGAACUUCGGAAAGUACAAGGUAAUGUAAUGAAUUACAUAUUGGAAAGUAAAGAGUAUCGUGACUUCUCCAUUAUUGCAUUUUCCAUUGAGGUUGAGAAAAACAAAACAGUAUUUACCAUUUUGUUCAAUAAUGAGGCAUACCAUUCAGCUGCAACAUCCCUGGCAGUGUUAGACAACAUUCUUUUCAUGUCACUUUCUGGCCCCAAUGCUUCCAUUAAAAUCUUCAACAAGCCUCAACCUCUCCCUUCAUAUGGUUCUAACAUAGUGCCUACAAGUGGAUUACAAAUAGUAUUAUGUUUGGCUUUUGGCAUGGCUGUUGUGGUCGGUAGCUUUUGCCUUCAGACAGUGACAGAGAGAACCACUAAGGCAAAGCACAUCCAGUUUGUGAGUGGAGUUUAUUUACUGACUUACUGGCUCUCUGCUUUGCUGUGGGAUCUCAUCUACUUCUCCAUUGCCUGCUGCUUACUACUGGGAGCGUUCAUAUACUGCGGAGUGGAUGCAUUUGUUGCAGAUUACCACUUUCUGGACACAAUGAUGAUCUUUAUGCUGUACAUUUGGUCCGUUGUUCCUCUCAUGUAUCUUGGAAGCCUCCUGUUUUCUAGUAGUACUGCUGCCUACAUCAAGCUCACCCUCUUUAACUACUUUUCAACUGUUUUCAGUAUCAUCAUUCACAUCAUACUGAAAUUCUAUGAGCAGGACAUUCCUGAAUCCACAAGAAUCUUCAUGGCUAAUGCAUUAAUGGUGCUUCCUAGUUACAACUUUGCAAUGAGUAUCAGCAAAUUCUUUGAUGACUAUGAGGUGAAAAAAAUGUGUGCCAGGCAAUUUAGGAACAUUUAUGUGGACUGCAGUGAAAGAUUUAUUAAGAACAAUGUCUAUAGCUUUGGAGAACAUGGGAUUGCAAAGUUUUUGAUUUCAUUGGCUGCCCUGGGCUUAAUUUUUCUGCUCUUGCUUUUUUGUCUGGAAAGUAUCUGGAGCCUGAAAAACUUUGUCUUUCAUAAAAUUAUAUUUAAUGUCUACAAGAUAUUCAUGAAUGACAAGAAGGCUACAGUGUCCACCCAAGUAAUCAAGGAAUAUGAGGAUAAAGAUGUAAUAAAUGAAAGGAAGAGAGUCCUGGCACUGUUACCUAAGCUGAAGGUUGCCCCACUGCUUUUGAAGGAACUUACAAAGAUUUAUUAUAAGUGUCCAGUUGUAAAGGCUGUAAGAAAUAUCUCCCUUUUAGUCCAAAAGUAUGAGUGCUUUGGAUUACUUGGAUUAAAUGGAGCUGGAAAAACCACUACAUUCAAAAUGUUGACUGGAGAGGAGACCACAACCUCUGGACUUGUGUUAAUUGAUGGCAUUAGCAUCACUGAAAAUAUCAGAAAGGUUAGGUCAAGAAUUGGCUAUUGUCCUCAAUCUGACCCCAUGAUAAACCACAUGACAGGACGAGAAUUGCUGACCAUGUACGCCAGGCUGCGGGGUGUCCCCAAGCCAGACAUUUACAUGUAUGUGGAAACAUUUUUGCAUUCAAUGCACAUGGAAACUCAUGCUGACAUGCUGGUCAACACAUACAGUGGAGGAAACAAACGUAAAUUGAAUAUUGCUAUUGCCCUAAUGGGAAAGUCCUCAGUAAUUUUCCUGGAUGAGCCAUCUACUGGCAUGGACCCAGUAGCCAGGCGCCUGCUCUGGGACACAGUUACAUGGAUAUGUAAAACUGGCGAAGCUAUCAUCAUAACUUCCCACAGCAUGGAAGAAUGCAAGGCCCUUUGUACCAGGCUGGCCAUCAUGGUAAAGGGGAAGUUCAAGUGCCUAGGCAGCCCACAGCACCUCAGGAACAAGUUUGGUGAUAUAUACACUCUGACAGCAAAGUUUAAGAUCAAUAAUAAUGAAGAUAAACUAGAGGAGUUCAAAGAAUUCAUUGAAACAACUUUCCCAGGUAACAUCCUAAACCAGGAUCAUCAAGGGAUUAUUGGCUACUACGUUCCCAGCAAGGGAAUUUGCUGGGGAAAGGUGUUUCGUAUAAUGGAGGAAGCUAAAAUACGGUUCAAUCUAGUAGAUUAUUCCGAGAUAACACUGGAACAAAUCUUCCUGAUUUUUGCUAAUAUCGAUAAAAUGGGAAAUAAUCAAGAAAUAAAGCUGCUAUGA